UGUUGCUGGUUAGUGAAGUGACACCAACUAGUACCAUUUUUGUAUAUAGUUAUUCUUGUAAUUAAUUAAUAUUUUUAGAUUAUUUAUAUAAAAAAACCUUGGUUUGAUGUUCGGCUUUGCUCGGAACGGAUUACAAUUUACAGUUUUGGUCGGGGUUUGGUUUGUUUUUUUUACUGUUGAACAGUGAAUGUCUCGAUAUGUAUUAUGUAGAGAUUUGCAAUAGCCUGCUGUCUGUGCUUGGUCUACUACGAUAAGACCAACACCGGAAAACCUUCAACGUGCUUCUCGACCACCUUUUCCCGCCUGCAUGAGCUGCUACGAUUUCUUAAAAACCCAACACCGUCUCCUUCAAUUACUCAAAUCUAGCUCAGCUUUUCCUUCCCUUAUAUCCACCCAGUCUCUGCACGCCCUUGCCAUCACCUUCGGCCCUUACGCCUCCCAACCCAUCUUUUUAUUCAACAAUAUCAUCUCUCUGUAUGCAUCACUCGGGCAUUUACCAGUGGCACGCAAAGUGUUUGACAAUAUGACCAACAGAAAUACAGUAUCGUUUAGUUCGAUGAUCACUGCCUAUGGUAAAUCUGGGGACCUCUGGGCCGCUUGCGAAUUGUUUUCUUCGAUGAGGAGUUAUGGUUUUUUGCCUACUCCCUAUGUGUUGGCGGGACUCUUAUCGUCUCAGGCAUUGAGUCUCUCUGGUGGGGUUCAAUUACAAGCAUUGGUUGUCAAGAAUGGAUUGUUCUUCGCAGAUUCCUUUGUCGGUACUGCUUUGUUAGGUCUGUAUGGAAGGUACGGGUGCGUUUCCGAGGCACUCCAGGCAUUUGAUCACAUGCCGAGGAAGAGUUUGGUAACAUGGAACUCAAUUAUUUCUUUGUGUGCACAUCAUGGUUUGGUUAAAGAUUGUAUGCUUUUGUUUCGUGAGCUCCAGAGGGUGGAGGCCUCUUUGUCUGACUCUUCAUUUGUGGGCGUUUUGUCUGGCUUGAAAGGUGAGCUUGAUUUGGAAUUUGGAGAACAGAUACAUGGUUUAGUGAUUAAAUGUGGUUUUGAUCAUGAAGUUACUGUUACAAAUUCUCUUAUUAAUGCAUAUGUCAAAUGUGCGCAAAUCUGCUUAGCAGAAAAAGUCUUUGAGGGGAUGCGUAUUACUGAUGUUGUGUCCUGGAAUACAAUUAUUGGAGCAUUGGAAAAGGAUGAACAUCCUCAAAAAGCUUUAGGUUUCUUCUUCCAAAUGUCCUGGGAAGGAAUGAUGCCAAACCAUACUACUUUCGUUAUUAUAAUUGCUUCUUGUAGUAAUUUGCGGAUCCCAAUGUUAGGGGAAUACAUUCAUGCUAAAACAAUCAAGAAGGGCUUCCAAUCUGAUGUAGUUGUAGGUAGUGCACUAGUUGACUUUUAUGUUAAAUGUGAUAAAUUGCAAGACUCCCAUCGAUGUUUUGAUGGUAUACGUGAGAAGAAUGUAGUUUCUUGGAAUGCUUUAAUUUUGGGCUAUGCUAGUAAAUUUUCGAGUACUGCCGCUUCUUUACUGCUAGACAUGCUACACCAAGGUUACCGGCCUAACGAGUUUACAUUUUCUGCAAUUCUUAAAUCUUCAGCGACCAUAGAGCUAAAGCAGCUUCAUUGUUUGAUUAUAAGAAUGGGCCAUGAAGAUAAUAUAUAUGUUUUGAGCUCCCUCAUGACUUCAUAUGCUAAAAAUGGUUUCCUGUCCGAUGCCCUUACUUUCAUUACAGAUUUUGGAAGACCACCCUCCACAGUGCCUUCUAACAUUGCUGCAGGAAUUUAUUAUAGAGUAGGCCAAUACCAUGAAACUAUAAGGCUGCUCUCCAUUCUUGAAGAUCCGGACAUUGUAUCUUGGAAUAUCGUGAUCGCAGCUUGUGCUCGUACUGGCCACUAUAAAGAGGUUUUCGAACUAUUUAAACACAUGCAAAUGAUUCAAAUAUAUCCAGACAAUUACACAUUUGUAAGCCUUUUAUCUGUGUGCAAUAAACUUUGUAACCUGGCUUUGGGUAGUUCUGUUCAUGGUCUCAUUAUAAAGACUGAUUACAGUCUCUGUGACUCAUUUGUUUGCAAUUUACUCAUAGAUAUGUAUGGAAAAUGUGGAUGCAUCAAAAGUGCAGUGAAAAUCUUUGGUGGAAUGGUGGACAAAAACCUCAUAACCUGGACAUCUCUGAUUUCAGCCCUUGGAGUCCAUGGUUAUUAUCAUGAAGCUUUGGAAACAUUCCGAGAAAUGGAGUUUCAUGGAUUUAAGCCUGAUGGGGUCAGUUUAAUUGCAAUCUUGACCGUGUGCAGGCAUGCUGGAUUAGUGGAAGAAGGCAUGGAAUUCUUCAGGAGAGUUGAAAGUGACUAUGGGUUUGAACCCAAAAUGGAACACUAUUAUUGUGUGGUAGACUUACUGGCUAGAUAUGGAAAACUCGGGGAAGCAGAGCAGAUUAUUGCCAGCAUGCCAUUCCCACCUGAUGCCAUUAUAUGGCGUAAUUUCCUUGAAGGAUUGAAGAGACAUACAACUGGAGAAAAUCUCUGAACUGGACAUGGUGUUGUAUACCCCGACUGAAAUGAUUUCUGCUAGUGAAUCAGGGCCAUGUCUUACCGCAUACCUCCUAUUGUAUCAUCUCUGCGGUCACUGGCUUCAUACCUCCCUUGUUAAUACCCCUCGUCAACAAAUUCAAUAGCUGAUAUCUUUAUAAAUGGGCUGUGAAAUAAUUGAUCAAAAAAUUUCCCUUGAAAAA